UCAAGUAAAUUGAAUGCGGUUUGAGGCUCGCAAUUCGAAGAGAGUCAAAUCGUUAUUGAAAGUAGAUCACGCACCCACGCAGUUACUAUUUAUAGUGUCAUACCAACACCUACCGAAUAUCUAACACAGUGCGAUAAAAAAUCGCUAUGGCUGGAUUGAUUUCGGGUGCUUUAGGAGGAACGGUUGGUAAAUCAGCGACAGUGGCACCCAUCGUAGGAUUAGUUGGUCCGCAAGCCGCUGUUACUUUAGCUGUAUUAGGUGGUGUGUUCGCUGGGCCCAUCAUAGUAAAGGCUGCUGUGCAAACGGUGGCUGUAGUUGGAAAGGCGGUUGUUAAGACGGUUGCAAUUACUGCUGAAGUUGUGGGAACAGUUGCAUCUGCUGUUGUUGAGACAAGCGUAGACACUGUUCGCAUAUUGUGUAAUGCCCAUUACGUUACAGAACAAAAAUCUGGAAACGCGUCAGAAAGACGUAACAGUCGUAAUGAAAAUUGUACAAACAGUAAGAGUAACAAUGAAAGCAAACAAUCACAACAAAAUACAAAAACCAACAAACAAACGCAAUCAAAACAAACUGGAACUGCAAGAAACGCUGGCGAUGAUGACGAUGAUCCCAGACGACGAAGAAACUUAAAAACUACGCGCAACUGUCAGGAUGAAACAUCGGAUGAAACGGAACCACACACUGGAGCUUCUCACUUGCACUCACGAACAGCGGUACAUACCGUACGAUUUGCUGGAGAAAUCAGGCGAGCUGCCGACAGGUCUGGCCACCACGUUAGAGAUCUUAUUGAAGACGGGGCCAGCACAAUCAGGGAUGGGUAUAUACGGCCACCGACACCUGAUAGCCAACUGCAAAGAGCUCACGUGCUACGGUUUAGGGAUAAUUUUGAGAUGUUACGCGAACAUUAUCCCGAGUUGUAUAGAAUAUUGUGCAGGCAUGCAGGGCACACUCAAAGAAUUCCGAGGGUGUUCAACGUGUUUCACAGGAUUGGUGGAAGAAUUGAUAAACUGCAGUAUGGAUGGAUUUUGAAAUUGUCUGAAGUAGAUUUUUCGGCAGGUCCUACAGCUGCGAAUCUAGCAAUUUUUGAAGCAUAUAGACAAGAAGUUUUAGAUUUGUAUGACAGUGAGAUAAGAUUAAGAUACGAACGGAACUAUAGUGAAGAGGACAUGGCAGAAAUAAGAAGGGCAAAAGAGAUGAUGGAAAACACAACGAAUGAAGAAUUGUUUGAAAAUGCUCUCGAAGGAUACAAUCUGGAACAUAGAUACAACAAUCCCAGAAAAAGAUUGUAGUAGUUUAAAAAGGGCUGAUCUUUCGUCUAUGGCUUAACUCAUGUGUUUAUCCCUCAUCCUGAAUGUAGGCAGCAGAACUGAGAUGAUGCAGGUGUCUAAUAACAUAUUCCACAAGAGGUAAGAAGCGAUGUGAAGUUCUUUGAACGAUCGUAAGGUUUUCCCCCAGGUUGAAAGACGCGGAUUCGCCAUUAGGCAGGGCAGGCACGUCAGCAGUUAUGAGGCGUUGAGACCAUAGAUAUAUCUCCUCAAUAAUUGUAUCGUUGCACUUUCGUACAAAGGCUAGCCGGUUCAACAUGACAUUCGUCGCGAGAAGCAAUGCAAACUUAUCACAAAAGAAAACAGUUGAAUGUAAAAUGAGUACAAUUGAGCUCAGAUGGAUCGGAAAGGAUGAGAAAAGUCAGUAUAAAAUAUAGUGUAAAACGAUA